AGGAAGGAAAGAGGGAUUUGAAGAGGCAAACCAGUGGAAUGGCAGAUGGUCCCGGACCGAGUGACAAAAAAAGAGCGCCAACGAGCCGAGAGUCGAGCAGGGACGGCGAGAAGCCAAAGGCGGCGCAACCAAAGCCCGAGAACAAGUACUCGUCGGGUGAGAGCUCCGAGGAGGAGGAGGACACUCGAGAACUCGAGGGCAACGUCUACACCAAGAACGGCGUCGAGAUAUCGAGAAGGAGCGCCGGCAACGUCAAGCGGACGAAAGAGGAGAUCGCGGCUGAUCCCGAGGAGGAGGACGAGUUUGGCUACACGGAGAUGAAAAUACGCAAGAAAUACGCGAACCUGAAAAAGCGAGUCUUUGUGUCCAAGUUGGAGAAAGGCCGCUCGGGAAUGGGCAUAUCCCUAGCCGGUCACAAGGACAGGAACAAAAUGGCCGUUUUCAUUUGCGGCAUCGACCCGAGCGGCACCGCGGCCAAGGAGGGCAUCCUCCAGCCCGGGGACGAGAUACUCGAGGUUAACGGCACCGUGUUCCAAGGAAGGUGCCACUUGAACGUCACCUCGAUGAUCAAGGGAAUGCCGUUCACCAGCUUCAAGUUCAUCGUAGUGCGGAGACCAGAUGCCAUCCAGAGCUGCGCCGUGCCGCAAGUCACGGUGUUCCCAACCCCGUUGCCGGGAGAAGACUACAGUCAAUUCAAAGGCGUCCACUUGGUGCCGAUAAAGAAGGGUACCUACGGCCUGGGAAUAAUGAUAAUCGAGGGAAAGCACGCCGAAGUCGGACACGGCAUCUUCGUGUCAGACGUGCAGGAAGGAGGUGCUGCCGAACAGAUAAAACUAGAGAAUUCUGCUCUGCCGUGGUUAAAAGGGCUCUUUGAGAUGACUUAUGAACAUAAGCCGUCUUGA